AUGAGGCUUCUUGUAACUCUAUGCACGAUCUGCGUAGUUUUACUAUCCAGCUGUGUAGGUGGUAAAGCUUCAAACCCUCAGGGUCAAGCAGCUGCUAAUCGCACAUCAGGCACACAGGCUUCUCCUCGGGGCCAACUAAAGACAAAUGGACAGACUAGACCGACUGUUUGUCAGCAGAAUCUCUCUACGUCUGCUCGACCACCUCAAGUUCAAGCUGCUAAACUGAGAGAUGCUUCAGCCGCCGAGGGACAACUUCAAGGUCCAGCACAGACCGAAUCCAAGAAGUUACCGCAGGCGAAUACACAACCAGCUGUUCAACAUACUCCUAAACCAGUUCAGCCCACGUCACAAGGAGUUGUACGGCAGCAAUCUCCACAAGAACCAGCUGCUAAAGUUGUCCAAGAGGUACCAAAAUCUGCAGCUAUUCCACAGAAUCAAAAACCCGUUGAACAAGCCAAGGCAAAGCCAGCAACUUCAGCUGCUCAAUCUUCCAAAGAAGUCCAAGCUAAACAAACUACUACUCAGAGUCCAAUAAAUACAAAUGGGCAAAUUAAACCAACUUCUCAACCUAAUGCACAGGCUCCUCAGAAGUUACCACAGGCAAGUGGACAACAAACUUCUCGACCUGCUCAAAAACCUGUUGAACAACCAAAUCAGACGGCUACAUCAACUCCACAGGUCCCUCAGGUUCCCUCUACUAAGGCUACCGUUGGAGGUACUAUUUCUCUGACUAAUGCAUCUGGAGGAUCAAAUCCAGUAGCUCCUAAACCUGCUUCAUCAGGUCCUUCUCUUGGAUCUCAGUCUUCUGCUAUAGGUUUAACGAGUACUACAAAGGAUACUAAAUCCUCCCUUGGUCAGGGAGCUCCAACUACUCCACCUGCAACUGGACUCCAGGGUUCUCAAUUAUCUUCACAAUUGGGUAACAACGGAACAAAACUUUUGUCAGCUCAGGGAACUUUACCUACUUCUAACGUUCAAAAGUCUGCAGUUGUACAAACACCUUUGCCAAGUCAACCAGGACUACUCUCUCAUCAGAAUACUGGGAACAAUGGACUCCCGGGUGGACAAUUAAAUCUUCAGACACUCCCUAAACCGGUAGGAACUCCAUCAUUAGGUUCUACAGGAAGUCUGGAUAGGACUAAGUUGGGUCCUAACUCUGACACUAAGGUUUUAACUCAACAAGGUAGUCGGCAAGCAACAGGAGCUCCUGCUCUUCCUAAAGCUGCGCAACCUAAUACUCCUGGAGGACCUCAAGCUCCAGUUCAGACAGAAGCAAAGAAUCAUCCUGUAACUCAGCAGCCACCUGGUAACCCUGUUCAGGAAGCACCAAAACAGGCGGCAGUCACAACUACUCCUGGCAUACCGGGUCCACCAAGUCCACAUACAAACAAAGUAGAGGCACCUACCAGGAAUGGCCAACUCACUCCUGUUGCUACGAAUACACCUGGCACAGUCCAAGAUAAUUCUGCUGGAUCUAAUAACUCUGACCUUGAUUUGGCUAAAGCAGAUCCAAAAAAGGUAAUUGUGGACAAGUUAGCGGAUCAAGACAUAACACACUAUAUGUACCAUCCUAAUGGAGCCACAAAGAUUCUCUCUGUAAGCUUUGGUUCAGCUAAUCUUUGGACUGCACGUCACGGUGAGAAGUUAUUGCGUGCCUAUGCAUAUCAGAAACAGGGCUGUUCCUUCCUCGCUCAUCUAUACAUUCAAAGUUCCGGUAGAUUGAUCCACAUGUUCUUUGAAAAGGGCAAUAACGGUUCUACUGAACUGAAGAUAGAAGAUUUUAGAACAAAGUAUGAGGGAAUGUUAUCGUCAAAACCAGCUGCACCAGUGAACAAAAACAGUAAAAAGAAGAAUUCAGGUAAACAGGAUAAGGGAUCUUCAGGAGUUAUUGAUAUAGAAAAUCCUGAUAACUCGCUCUGUAAAACAUUCAAAUGCGUUAUGGAUGAUGUUGAGACACUUUUAUGCGUUCCGUUUUGGGGAUUAAAGGAGGUAAAGUGCGGUUCUACCAGUGUAUGGAAGGCAGACGAAGAUAAAGAAUGCACUCUUCUAAAGAUACACUAUGAUAAGGAUAAAAAACCUGUUAUGAUUCAUGCAACUGCGGAAUCUUGUUCUGAAGUUGUUGCUUAUUCACGAAUAUAUAAAAACAGAUUUGGGAAAAAGAAAUGGAAGAAUGUUAAGAUCUCCUACGACAAGGAACUUAAAAAUUUCGCUACAACCAGGAAUUCUGUUAAUGGAUUCGUCUUGGAUGUCAUGGAUGUAGAAAAUACAGAGGAAUGUGACGUUGUUAAACUCAGUCUCUUUGGAAUGUCUACAGUGCUAUUUAUUCCAAAACCAGGAUUCUACACAACCAGAGUUACUUAUGGUGAUGUACAACUUUAUGAAUCUAACCAGAGUAAGUGUGAAAGGGUUAAUGUUGCUUAUGUAACUCGCUACAGCUCGAGUAUUUCCCUGAUGUUCAUAGUUGUUUCAAAUAAUUCAGAUAAUAAGUCUGCUGCUGUGCAUUUUCGUAUAAAAAAAGGUGACAUGCUUCACUCCCUGGACGAGGAAACAUAUUUUAAACUGGUAGCAAGUAUGAAAACUAGGGAGCUUGGCAAUAACUACCAGAGUUAUGAUAUAUUAUCACCUGAUCCAGGAUGCCAAGUUUUGGACUCAUUUGUGGGUAGCAUACCAGCAAAGCUACUCAUUCCACCAACUGGAACUUGCAUAAACAGAUUUACAAUAGGAGACAAUAUGAUUUGGGGAGCUGCUAUCGCUUCUGAAAUUUGUGCCUUUGCAAUAACAUACCUUAGUGGAAAGGAUCCUGACAUUUUACAUGUGAUUAGGGUUAACCCUACUGGACAAGAAGAGAUAUAUUACACAAAAGAGAGUGGAUGGAAGGAAUGUAAGGAUCCUAAGAAAAGUUUGGCCCCUCUUAGAACAUCUGGAAACCCUGUAAACUUUGAGUUGGACCUGGGUUCACAGAAGUAUGAUAAUGUACAGGUAGUUGAUAUGAGAGAUUCCGUAUUUCCAAUGACGCUCUUUGUUCCAAGGGCUAACUUUGUUGCAACCUCUGUUAAAUAUGCUGAAGAAGUGGUAAUUAAAAAGGUAAAGGAAAGGGUUGCUUUUGCUGUAGUUUACUUCAAUGGUGAUGAUCCAUUUCUUCUGUACAUACUUCUUCUAGACUCUUCUGCUAAGCCGGAACCAAAGUACUAUUAUAGAGAUGACAAUAAGUGGAAUUCUAUAAACAGUAAGGAGGACUUCAACAAAAAAUUAGCUACAAUUGCAGCUUCCAACUAA